AGUGGGCGCCUGCGCACGCUUACGGCAGCCAAUCUGCUCGCGGCUUUCCUGCCGAAGCCCUUUGACCCCGCGUCCCUUGGCCGGCAGCGGGAGGCUCUGAGCGUUGAACCUGGGCCCUMGGCCACCUGAGGUCCGCCCUGUCACUCUCACCCCCGAUUCUUGUUUAGCAAAGCAUUUGCUAUCUUGGACUUUAAAGUAUGUCAUCAUGGCAAAAUUUCGGAGAAGGACUUGCAUCAUUUUGUCGCUUUUUAUUCUAUUUAUUUUCUCUCUGAUGAUGGGUUUAAAAUUGCUGAGACCAAAUACAGCUACUUUUGGAGCUCCUUUUGGACUUGACCUUCUUCCAGAACUUCAUCAACAAACUAUUCAUUUGGGGAAAAAAAUUGAUUUUCAAAAGAGUGACAAAAUCAACAGUGAAACAAAUACCAAGAAUUUAAAAAGUGUUGAAAUCACUAUGAAACCUUCCAAAACUUCUGAACUUAACCUGGAAGAACUGCCACCUCUGAAUUAUUUUUUGCAUGUAUUUUAUUACAGUUGGUAUGGAAACCCACAAUUUGAUGGUAAAUAUAUACAUUGGAAUCAUCCAGUCUUGGAGCAUUGGGACCCUAGAAUAGCCAAGAAUUAUCCACAGGGGAGACACAGUCCUCCAGAUGACAUUGGCUCCAGCUUUUAUCCUGAGUUGGGAAGUUACAGCUCUCGGGAUCCCACUGUCAUAGAAACUCACAUGAGACAGAUGYGUUCAGCUUCCAUUGGUGUACUAGCUCUAUCUUGGUACCCACCUGAUUCAAGUGAUGAGAAUGGAGAAGCUACUGAUAACUUGGUACCAACUAUUUUGGAUAAAGCUCAUAAAUAUAAUCUGAAGGUUACUUUUCACAUAGAACCAUAUAGCAAUCGAGAUGAUGAAAACAUGUACAAAAAUGUCAAGUACAUUAUAGACAAGUAUGGAAAUCACCCAGCCUUUUAUAGGUAUAAGACAAAGACUGGAAAUGCUCUUCCUAUGUUUUAUGUCUAUGAUUCCUAUAUCACAAAACCUGAAAAAUGGGCCAAUCUGUUAACCACGUCAGGGUCUCAGAGUGUUCGCAAUUCUCCUUAUGAUGGAUUAUUUAUUGCACUUCUCGUAGAAGAAAAACAUAAAUAUGACAUUCUGAAAAGUGGCUUUGAUGGAAUUUACACAUAUUUUGCCACAAAUGGAUUUACUUAUGGUUCAUCACAUCAGAAUUGGGCCAACCUAAAAUACUUUUGUGAUAAAUACAAUUUAAUAUUUAUUCCAAGUGUGGGCCCAGGAUACAUAGAUACCAGCAUUCGUCCCUGGAACUCUCAAAACACUCGGAACCGAAUCAAUGGGAAGUAUUAUGAAGUUUCGCUUAGUGCUGCUCUUCAGACACACCCCAGUUUAAUUUCUAUCACCUCUUUUAAUGAGUGGCAUGAAGGAACUCAAAUUGAAAAAGCUAUACCCAAAAGAACCAGUAAUACAGUUUACCUGGAUUAUCGGCCUCAUAAACCAAGUCUUUAUCUGGAACUAACUCGCAAGUGGUCUGAAAAAUACAGUAAGGAUAGAACAACUUACACAUCAGAUCAACAGCAACAUUGAUUAAGGUUUAAUAAUUAUAAGAAGCACCUCAUUUCAAUAAAUGACUUUAGUUUUGAAUUAUGAAAAAACUGUAAAAAUCAAUAUGCAUUAYUGCUGUUAUAAUUUUUACCUUUUUAAAAGAGUAUUAUCAUUGCCACUUAUUACCAUACUGCACUGAGUAAAUAUGUAACAGAAAUUGUGUAAAUAACAUUCCUAUGGCAUUAUUUAUUACAUGUCUGGCUUAAAUUGAAGUUCUAAUUUGAUGGCAAUUUUUUUUCACAUUAGAUAAAUGCUUAUGUUACAGAAAUCAGUUAGCACAUGGUAAAUUCCUGCUUGCUUCCUGUGCAUUCAAUGUGUCUAAAGAAAAACAAACAAAAACAUGGUUAUGUGUUUCAUUUCUAAUUUUGACCAUGAUUCAAUCAACUUUAUUAUAUUAAUAUUCAGACUCUGGACAACUUUCCCAUAGUGAUGAAAUGUUUAAGUAUAAUAAUCACUCUUACAAUUUUCCUGUGAACUUAAAAUUGCUGUAAAUAAUAGUCUUUUUUUUUUUUUAUAAGAUAUCYUAAGGCUUACUGUGAACCAUAUUGUGUUUGUAAGAUUUCUUUUCCACAGCACAAUCUGUGUCACCAUUUUAAGGUCUCUGAUUACUUGUASCUUGCUUGGUGUUUUGCAUCUUCUGAGUGUUUCUUAUGCUGCAUUCCAGAUAUUAGAAACUGUGGGAAAUACUUUAUAAAAGUAAGUGGUUACCUCUCGAUUAUUAGGAAAGCAUUCCUUUCCUGAUUGUGAUCAAGAUAAAGUGCCCCAAGUAUUAUUUUUGGGAUUCUUUGCCAAUCUUUAGUUAMUGUUUAUUAUUCAUGUCUCAAAAUUUUAUGUUAGAGACCAACUGUUAACUAAGAAAGCAAAAGUUAAUACUAUUAUUGGAUUGUUUUUAAUAGUUUAAAUUUUUUUAUCAUAGAUAAUAGAACUCAGUGGUAUUCUACUACUGAGCUACACACCUGCCCCUAUCCA